GAUUCCUAUUGCAUCAGAAUGGCUGGGAUGCUAAUAACAGCAGUACUAUGGCUGAUUGGAAGUGGUUCGAAAGAAGCUUGGCAGCUCUUGGCAGUGAUCCUAGAGCUUCGGAGAGCAGUUUUGUAACUUCUGAGAAACUUAAGAUAAUCUAUGUGAAUGAAUUGAAGGAAUGCCUUCAGGUACUAGUGAAGGAACAGCAAACUCUGGCCACACAAACUGCUACAACAGCUCUUUCAGCUAUGAGGCUAAAGCAGAGGCUAGUUAUCCUGGAACGAUAUUUUAUUGCAUUGAACAGAACAGUUCUUCAGGAGAAUGUCAAAGUUAAGUGGAAAAGCACUAGUAUUCCUCUGCCUGCUGUGGAUAAGAAAAGCCCAAGACCUGUAGGCAAAGGUGUAGAAGGACUUGCACGAGUCGGAUCCCGAGCUGCACUUUCAUUUGCAUUUGCUUUCCUUCGUAGAGCCUGGAGGUCAGGUGAAGAUGCAGACCUGUGCAGUGAAUUGUUACAGGAAUCACUGGAUGCGUUACGAGCUCUACCAGAGGCAUCCCUUUUCGAUGAAGGGACUGUAUCUUCUGUAUGGCUUGAAGUGGUGGAAAGAGCUACUAAAUUCCUAAGGUCUGUUGUGACUGGAGAUGUGCAUGGAGUUCCCAGUACCAAAGGGCCAGGAAACAUUCCGUUACAAGACCAGCACUUGGCACUUGCAAUACUGCUAGAACUGGCAGUGCAGAGGGGUACACUAAGCCAAAUGUUGUCUGCAGUUAUGUUGUUGCUUCAACUUUGGGAUAAUGGAACGAGGGAAACAGAUAAUGAGCGAUCUGCACAGGGAACAAGUGCACCUCUUCUACCUUUGUUGCAAAGAUUUCAGAGUAUAAUAUGUAAUAAAGAUGUGCCCAAUACUGAGGAAGAGAUUCAGCUCCUAACUUACCCUCUGAGUCCAAAUGAAAGUUUUCUGAGGUAUCUGACUUUACCACAGGACAAUGAGCUAGCGAUUGAUCUGAGACAAACAGCUGUAGUGAUCAUGGCCCAUUUAGAUCGUCUAGCUACCCCAUGUAUGCCUCCACAGUGUAGCUCUCCUACAUUUCAUAAGGGAUCUCUGCAAGAGGUCAUUGCUUGGGGUUUAAUAGGUUGGAAAUAUUAUGCUAAUGUGAGUGGUCCAAUUCAGUGUGAAGGACUUGCCAGUCUUGGUGUUGUGCAGGUUGCCUGUGCAGAGAAACGUUUUCUAAUAUUAUCUAGGAAUGGACGAGUUUAUACACAAGCGUACAACAGUGAUACUCUGGGACCACAGCUGGUGCAGAGUCUAGCUUCCAGAAAUAUUGUGAAGAUAGCAGCACAUUCAGAUGGGCAUCACUAUCUUGCUUUGUCAGCAAAUGGUGAAGUUUUCUCUUGGGGUUGUGGAGAUGGUGGAAGACUAGGCCAUGGGGAUACAGUCCCUCUAGAGGAACCGAAGAUGAUAUCAGCUUUAUCUGGAAAGCAAGCUGGGAAGCACGUUGUUCAUAUUGCAUGUGGAAGCACCUAUAGUGCAGCCAUUACUGCUGAAGGAGAGCUAUAUACAUGGGGACGAGGAAACUAUGGCAGGCUUGGUCAUGGUUCCAGUGAAGAUCAGACCAUCCCAAUGCUGGUCACUGGGCUGAAAGGACUUAAAGUUAUUGAUGUGUCCUGUGGGAGUGGAGAUGCUCAGACUCUUGCAGUUACUGAAAAUGGCCAAGUGUGGUCUUGGGGUGAUGGAGAUUAUGGAAAACUGGGAAGGGGAGGCAGCGAUGGUUGCAAGACUCCCAAGUUGAUAGAAAAACUUCAAGAUCUGGACAUAGUGAAAGUACGCUGUGGGAGUCAGUUUUCUAUUGCUUUAACCAAAGAUGGCCAGGUCUACACCUGGGGAAAGGGUGACAAUCAGAGACUUGGGCAUGGAACGGAAGAGCAUGUUCGGUAUCCCAAACUUCUGGAAGGCUUGAAAGGGAAAAAAGUGAUAGAUGUGGCAGCUGGAUCUACGCAUUGUUUAGCACUGACUGAAGAUAGUGAAGUGCAUAGCUGGGGAAGCAAUGAUCAGUGUCAACAUUUUGAUACUUUGCGGAUCACCAAACCAGAGCCUGCAGCUCUCCCAGGAUUAGACACAAAGCAUAUAGUUGGAAUUGCUUGUGGGCCUGCUCAAAGUUUUGCUUGGUCAUCGUGUUCAGAAUGGUCAAUAGGCUUGCGGGUGCCUUUUGUGGUAGAUGUUUGCCCCAUGACAUUUGAGCAGCUAGAUCUUUUACUAAGACAAGUGACAGAGGGAAUGGAUGGCUCCUCUGACUGGCCCCCUCCUCAGGAAAAGGAAUGCAUGGCUGUGGCAACAUUAAACCUUUUAAGGCUUCAGCUUCAUGCUGCCAUUAGUCAUCAGGUGGAUCCGGAAUGCCUUGGCUUAGGCUUGGGCAGCAUACUGCUUAAUAGUCUGAAGCAGACAGUGGUAACAUUAGCAAGCAAUGCUGGUGUUCUCAAUACUGUGCAAUCGGCUGCUCAAGCAGUGCUGCAGAGUGGAUGGUCUGUGUUACUGCCAACAGCAGAAGAGCGGGCUAGGGCGCUCUCAGCACUCUUACCCAGUGCAGUUUCAGGAAAUGAAAUGAAUGUAAGUCCAGGCCGUAGAUUUAUGAUCGACCUCUUGGUGGGCAGCUUGAUGGCUGAUGGAGGCUUAGAGUCUGCACUAAAUGCUGCUAUUACUGCAGAAAUUCAGGAUAUUGAAGCAAAAAAAGAAGCACAGAAAGAAAAAGAAAUUGAUGAACAAGAAGCAAAUGCAUCAAUACUUCAUAGGAGCAGGACUCCAUUGGACAAAGACCUUAUUAAUACUGGAAUCUAUGAAUCUGCAGGAAAACAAAGUUUACCAUUAGUUCAGUUAAUUCAGCAGUUACUAAGGAACAUCGCGUCACAGACGAUAGCCAAACUAAAAGAUGUUGCUCGUCACAUUUCUUCCUGCAUGGACCAGGAACAUUACAGCAAAGAGAGAUCUGCUUCUCUGGACUUGUUGCUGCGUUUUCAGCGUCUGCUUGUUAGUAAACUUUACCCAGGAGAUUGUGUUGGGCAGGUCCCUAAUACAUACAGUCCUGACCUCUUAGGUGUUGGCUCUUUACUGAAGAAAUACACUGCUCUUCUCUGCACGCACAUUGGUGAUAUACUUCCUGUGGCAACCAGCAUUGCUUCUACUAGUCAUAGGCAUUUUGCAGAAGUAUCUCAUGUUGUGGAUGGAGAUUUAACAGGCAUUCUUCUUCCAGAAUUGGUGGUUUCUGUAGUGCUACUCCUCAGUAAAAAUGCCGGAUUAAUGCAGGAAGCUGGUGCUAUCCCUCUGUUGGCUGGCUUGCUAGAACAUCUAGACAGAUUUAACCAUUUAGCCCCUGGAAAGGAAAGGGAUGACAAUGAGGAUUUAGCAUGGCCAGGAAUAAUGGGUUCAUUUUUUACUGGCCAGAGUUGCAGAAAUAAUGAGGAAGUGACACUUAUACGUAAAGCUGAUCUAGAAAACCACAACAAAGAUGGAGGAUUUUGGACAGUGAUUGAUGGGAAAGUGUAUGAUAUAAAGGACUUCCAAACCCAGUCUUUAACUGGCAGUAGCAUACUCGCUCAGUUUGCAGGUGAGGACCCAGUUGUUGCUUUGGAAGCUGCUUUGCAAUUUGAGGACACGCGGGAGUCAAUGCAUGCCUUCUGUGUUGGCCAGUAUAUGGAGCCUGACCAGGAAAUUAUUACAACACCAGAUCUCAGUACUUUGUCAUCACCGCUAAUAGACACAGAAAGGAAUUUGGGUCUUCUCCUUGGACUGCACGCUUCCUACUUGGCAAUGAGCACACCACUUUCUCCUCUGGAAGUAGAAUGUGCCAAGUGGUUGAAGUCGUCUAUCUUUUCUGGAGGCUUGCAGACUAGUCAGAUUCAUUACAGUUACAAUGAGGAAAAAGAUGAAGACCAUUGCAGUUCACCUGGUAACACUACCCCAAAUAAAUCAAAACUAUAUACGCAUCGAUUAACUUUGAAUGACCAUUCACAACCUUUUCUCCAAGCUAUUGCAGAUAAUAAUAUUCAGGAUCACACUGUGAAGGACUUCUUAUGUCAAAUAGAGAGAUAUUGUAAACAGUGUCACUUAACAACACCGAUCACAUUCCCUCCUGAGCAUCCUGUGGAGGAAGUAGGACGUUUGUUAUUAUGUUGUCUUCUGAAGCAUGAAGAUUUGGGUCACGUAGCACUGUCUCUCGUUCAUCCUGGUGCCCUUGGAGUUGACCAGGUAAAGCACAAAACUUUACCAAAAUCUGUAGUGGAUGUGUGUCGUGUUGUCUACCAAGCAAAAUGCUCACUGAUUAAGACCCAUCAAGAACAAGGACGUUCUUACAAGGAAGUUUGUGCUCCUGUCAUUGAACGUUUGAGAUUCUUAUUCAAUGAACUGCGUCCUGCUGUUUGCAAUGAUCUAUCAAUAAUGUCUAAAUUUAAACUUCUGAGUUCCUUGCCCCGGUGGCGCAGGGUAGCUCAGAAAAUAAUUAGAGAAAAAAGGAAAAAAAGAGUGCCAAAAAAAUCUGAAUCUGCUGAUGUGGAAGAAUCCAAAAUUGGAAAUGAAGAGAGUGAUUUAGAAGAAUCUUGUGUGGUACCUCACAGUCCUAUACCUAUAGACAAAAGACCCAUGCCAAUCAAAUCCCCCAAGGAUAAGUGGCAGCCAAUUUUGAGUACAGUUACAGGUGUCCACAAAUACAAAUGGCUGAAGCAAAAUGUCCAAGGCUUGUAUCCACAGUCUGCCCUUGUUAACACCAUUGUUGAAUUUGCACUUAAAGAAGAGCCAGUGGAUGUAGAAAAAAUGAGAAAAUGUUUAUUAAAACAGUUGGAGAGAGCAGAAGUUCGUCUGGAGGGAAUAGAUACUAUUCUGAAAUUGGCAGCAAAAAAUUUUUUACUCCCAUCUGUGCAGUAUGCUAUGUUCUGUGGAUGGCAGAGGCUUAUUCCAGAAGGAGCCAAUAUAGGGGAACCUCUUACUGACUGCUUGAAGGAUGUUGAUCUGAUCCCACCAUUUAACAGAAUGCUGCUAGAAGUAACUUUUGGAAAGUUGUAUGCGUGGGCUAUUCAGAAUGUCCGGAACAUCUUGCUAGAUGCUAAUGCAAAAUUUAAAGAACUAGGUGUGCAGCCUGUUCCUCUACAAACAAUUACUAAUGAGAAUCCAGCAGGACCAAGUCUUGGGACUAUUCCACAAGCACGUUUUCUCUUGGUCAUGCUCAACAUGUUGACGCUGCAGCAUGGUGCUAAUACCUUGAGCCUCCUCCUUAAUUCUGGCAUGCUAGCAUUGACACAAACAACGCUGCGGCUGAUAGGACCUAGUUCAGACAACAUUGAAGAAGAUAUGAUUGCCUCUUCUCGAGGAGCUUCUGCCACAGUCCUAGAAGAAUCUAGAAAGGAGACCACACCUGUUCAGCUCCCUGUUUCUGGACCAGAGCUGGCAGCCAUGAUGAAAAUUGGUACCAGAGUCGUGAGAGGGGUAGACUGGAAAUGGGGUGAUCAGGAUGGACCCCCUCCAGGCUUGGGUCGUGUGAUUGGAGAAUUGGGAGAAGAUGGCUGGAUUAGAGUGCAGUGGGACACUGGAAGUACAAAUUCUUACAGAAUGGGGAAGGAGGGAAAAUACGAUCUCAAACUAGCUGAGCCACUGCCAGCAACGCAGCCCACAACAGAGGAUUCAGACACUGAGGAUGAUUCUGAAGGAGAACAAGUUGAAAGGAAUCUCCACCCUACUUCCAUGAUGCUGACAAGUACAGUGAACCUGUUGCAGACACUGUGUCUCUCUGCUGGGGUCCAUGCUGAAGUCAUGCAAAGUGAUGCUACUAGGACUUUGUGUGGCCUACUCCGUAUGCUUGUGGAGAGUGGAACGAUAGAUAAAUCAGCUUCCUUGCCAAAUAAAUUAGUUUAUAAAGAACAGCAUAGGAGUUGGUGCACGUUGGGAUUCAUUCGAAGUAUAGCGCUCAUGCCUCAGAUGUGCAGCACUCUUAGUACAUCUCAGUGGAUAACUUUGCUAAUGAAAAUUGUUGAGGGGCAUGAAUCUUUCACUGCUGCUUCACUACAGAGACAGAUCCUAGCUGUACAUUUAUUGAAAGCAGUGCUUCCAUCCUGGGAUAAAAAUGAAAGGUCAAGAGACAUGAAAUUUCUUGUGGAAAAACUCUUUGGAUUUUUAGGCAGCCUGCUUAGUACUUGUUCUUCAGAUAUCCCACUACUCAGAGAAUCUACUCUGAGAAGGAGAAAGGCCAGGCCCCAAGCGUCUCUAACUGCCACUCACAGUAGCACUUUAGCAGAAGAGAUAGUGGCACUGCUGAGGACGCUCCAUUCGCUCAGCCAGUGGAAUGGACUCAUAAACAAGUACAUCAACUCUCAGCUAACCUCCAUCACCCACAUCUUUGCAGGAAAACAGUCAGAAGGGGCUAUGUUGGAUGACUACUUUCCCGACACUGAGAAUCCAGAGGUGGGAGGCCUAAUGGCAGUGUUAGCAGUGAUUGGUGGCAUUGACAGUCGCUUGCGACUGGGUGGACAAGUAGUUCAUGAUGAAUUUGGAGAAGGCACAGUGACACGCAUCACCCCAAAAGGGAAGAUCACUGUACAGUUCUAUGACAUGCGAACAUGUAGAGUGUGCCCUCUGAAUCAACUAAAACCACUCCCAGUUGUGGCUUUUAAUGUGAACAACUUGCCUUUCACUGAACCUAUGCUAUCCAUUUGGGCUCAGCUAGUAAAUCUGGCUGGAAGUAAAAUAGAAAAACAAAGAAUGAAGUCUCCAAAUCAGGGUCUUUCAGGUCAAGUGGAUUUGGACCUACUGCGAUGCCAGCAAUUGAAGCUGUACAUACUGAAAGCAGGCCGAGCUCUACUUUCUCACCAGGAUACACUGAGGCAGAUCUUAUCUCAGCCAGCUGUUCAGGAGUGUGCAUUAAAUCCUGCAG